GUCACAUUACACUGUCAGGCACCAGCAUCUGCCUCAGUUCAUCACUGUUAUUUUUAUACUGGGGAGCAACAAAGUAACAAAGGCAACUCGUGUCUACAGACACUGACAGGAGCUGAACUGCUGUUUAUGUCACAUCAGAGAUCACCUGCUGAGGUCAAAGUCAGAUGCUUUUACACAGUGAAAUAUGGAGCUGUGAAUUCUCCUUCACCGCACAGUGACACAUCCUCCAUCACCAUACAAAUUUCCUCACCUGAGCUUCAAGGACAAGGUCAGAAACCAGAGAUGAGUGUUCAGCAUUUUAAUGGAGAAUAUGUUCUCAUCACAUGCUCUCUGCCUGGAUCUGUGAAAAAUGAUACAAGAUGUAAUUUGUACUUUGGAGAAGCAAGUCGUCCAGUCCUAAAUCCAACUGUCUCCAAGGAAAGCAGGAGAAAAACCAAACAGAGGUGCUGCCAGUUUUAUGUCCCAGUUGCUGAUUUUUUGAAGCAUCUACUUCUUGUUCAACAAAAGGAUGCCAGCUGUGAUUACAGUUUGGAAAGUGAACCCAAGUCUUUGUCACCUCGCAGUGAUCGAUACAACAUGACAGAUAUUUUGGCAAAAGAAUGCACAAUGUCACCAUGUACCAUGACCACAGCACAACUGAGUCUCAGCAAUCCCAGUGCUUCCAAUAAUACCACUCCUGUAACCCCACCAUCAGAAGUUCCAAAACUUCAAAAGCCUGAAUCAAACCAUACCUCAAACAAGAAAACAUCAGCAGAAUCAAGAGCGACCACCACAAAGUCAACAUCUACCACAGCCACAGCUAUUCUGGAAAGUGAAUCACCAAAGAUCAACAAACCGUCAUCUAUCAUGUUUACAGAAUCAAGUCUCAACAAACCCAGUACUUUAACUUCUACCACUUCAGUGAACUCACUAUCAGAUUCAAACAAGAAUGAUACUACAGGGAAAGUCGAAGAGUCAUUAUGGAAUUUGGCAGCAGCUGUGACAAGAAAUGGAAUAAUUAUGGGCAUGAUCCUACUGGUACUGGGGCUUCUUAUACUCAAAAGAACUGUUGAGGAGAACCUAAACGUGCAACAGAUGAAAAAUGAAAAUUCUGACAUUUACCAUGUGUACGCCACCAUCUCUGAGGAAACAGAUGCACCAGAUUCACAGGAUACGAUUUAGAGCAUGCUGAUGCACACUGAAACAUUUUGGUGAUUUUGUCAGUAAAGUGUAUUUAAAGGGUUUUAAUUCAUGUAAAAGUCAGAAACGUUUUACAGGUAGUAGAUAUUUUUUGCAAAUAGUUUUGUUGUAGAUUAUUUUUUUUAAGGAUAAUUGGCAUGAUCAUGCAGUUUUCAGCUUUUGCAUUUUUAAUAAAUGCUUUUAGAUCUUCAUUAUUUUGUUUUAAGUAACUGUAAUUUGGAAGAUGAUAGUCAUAACAUCUGAGUCAUUUCCAAACUUAGAACUGUGGAUACUGUUGCCAUAUAAUAAGAUAUGCUUCUUUCCAAAUUGUCCACCUUUUAAACAAUUGCUGCUUUUAAAAAUUAGCUAAUAGACAAUGUGUAUUUAUUUUAAUGGUGUCAUUUGCAUUUCAAAUUGUGUUAUUCAACUGUUUUUUAAGGUGGAGUGUAUUUGUUUUGUGUUAAUACAAACUAAAGGGGAAAACAACAUAUUAAACGUGUAUCUACAAACUGUCAACUGACAACACAAAAUGUUCUUCCAAAACCUGCCUGGAAAAGGUCAAAGGAUUUAACUGCAUGUCCUUUUCAGUUUUCUCUUGGUAAUGAAAAAAAUAAUCCCGUUUUGUUUUUUUAAAGUUAUAUUGACACAUUUUGAAGUAAAGGAUUUUGCCUAAAUAUUAAAAAAGCCAAUCUUGACUUCAAUCGCAGGUCUCAGAAAUUGUGGAUUUGAAUGUCCAAAAAUGUAUCUUCCAUUUAAACCCUGUACUAUUGCCAUGUCACACUUUGGAAUGGAAAACCAUAUUCAGUGAAACAAAAAUAUUUAUUUUGUUUAUAUAAUUUAUU